CUAAGGGGAGGUAAUUGAAAGUUGACUAAAGCAGCAGUAUAUAGAAAGUAAGAGAAGAAAAGUUCAUAUUCAAGACGGAAAGAAAAAAAAAUAAAAGCAGAAUUAAUACUUUAUAAAGACAGAAUAAGGGAAAGAAAAAGAGAAAUUGAAAGGAAAAUAAAUAUGAGAAACACAAUUUUAAUAUGACACCGGUUGAUAACAUAUAAAAAAAGGUGGAUGAUAAAUUAGAGAGAGAUGAUGUAAGAAAGAAGUUGGGGGUGUUAUAAUGAAAUAAACAGAAAGAGAAGAUAAGUAAGAAAGUAUUUAUUAAAUAAGGAGAAGAAAAAAGUUCAAGGGAGGAAAUUCUGACAUUAAACGGAAGUAUAAACUGAAGGGAAAUAAAUACAAAUAGCAGCGAAAUGAUGUAAACCGAAAGUUUAACCUCGACUAAUAUAUACAUCUUCAUGCUGAGAAUUAUAUAGUCUACAGAAUGUUUAAUGCCUUAACAAAGUUUGCUAAUUUCCUGUGGAAAGAGGAUGUUCCUCGACGCCAGUCCUUCAGCAGUUCUGUUGAUGGUGUAGUAGUACGCUCCCAUAGCUGGGAGAGGACCAAAUCUUGUGAGGAGAACUCUCGUACCUUUACAGGCUAUAUCACUAACCUAUUUGGAAAUCAUGGCUUGAUUGAUGGUGAUGUGUAUUUCUCAUACAAUGUUGUUGUUGGAAGUCAACGGCCACAGGUGGGUAAUGAAGUAUCUGUUAUAGCCAGUCGCCAACAUCGUGAAGGUGGGUGGUAUGCUGACCAAGUGAGUAUAUUGAAACAGUGGACUGAAGAAAAUGAUUCAGAUCAUUCUGAUGAUAGUAAUGAAUCUGAAUCUGUUUCUAACGGACUCUUGAAAGAGUUAGCACCUGGCGUGGGCACAAUUACACAGUGCCAUCUUGGUGAAGGAUUAAUUAAUGAGGAUAUACCCUUUAAAAUAGAAAACUGUAUCAAGGGUUACAUACCUGAAGUGGGCGAUUGGGUAACUGUUGAUCUGCGUGAAAACAAUGGUGAGGUGGUUGCAUUUGAUGUGCAGCCACUUCGACAACAGCAAUUCACUAGUGAAGUGAGUGUUGUCCUUCGGGAUCAUGGUUACAUCAAGAAAGAUAUCUUCUUUUAUGUCAAAGCUUGUGCUGAUGGAUAUAAGCCACAGUGUAAAGAUCAAGUCUGCUGUACAGCCAUUGAAAGUAAACAAGGAAAAUGUAAUUGGAGAGCCAUUUCAGUGUCUCGUCUGCCACGGUCUCCACACAACCAAAUUGAGACUGCCCCACACAGCAACUACCUGGGUGAUCUACUAAAAGACAAAGAAGGGAUUAUCAUUAGUGGAAUUUCUGAUUUUGGCAAGAUGUCUAAAGAGGAGAGCAAGGUUAUAACUUUGUGGAUUCGGAACAAUGGAAACCAUCCACAGACUCUGCUUGAAAUUCAGCUACCUACUGAGGAAAUUCAGUACCAUGUGGACCGUUUGAAGGUGGUGAAAGAAAUGAUGGCCAGCUCUAAAUCAGCUUCAAGUUCCAGAGAAGUGAAAGGCCAGCUGGUUCUUCAGCCUAAAAUGGCAGCUUAUGUGAAUAUAUCCUGCACCACCAAAUAUAUUGGAAGCCAUAAGGUCUUACUAGUUUUCAAGUUCGACAAGUUUAGAAUUGGGCGACAUCUUACAGUGACUGUAAUUGAUCCAUACCAAAAUUACAUGCCCCAACAGUCACAACCUAUACAGGGAUCACAGCAAAGUAAAACUCCUUUCACUCGGUACAGAGAGUCGAUGGAUGAAGGCUGGGUUGUUCCUGGGGAAAAAAUAACAAGGUUUCCAAAGCUGCAAUUGCCAAAAAAACUUGGCCAAUAUCGUGUUCCACAAGAAAUACGAAAUGCUGUUAUUAAUUCUGAUGAGCUAAGAGAAGUUUUUCCCUUCCUAGAAGAAACACUCUGCUAUGAGAAUUAUGAGUCCAAGUUUUCCCUACUGCUUUAUCUAGAGGAGAUCCAGUUAGAUAUUGAUAUCAGAGCAUUUGACUUAGAACAGGUAUGUCUGAAUAUUGUUGGAGAGUACCUAUCUUUGAAGGUUCCAGGUUUAGCAGAAGGUAGACCAUCAGUGCUUGUUGGCGACAGAGUCUAUCUGUCAACCCCUGGUGCAGAAGGAGGUCCAGUGUUUGAAGGAAUUGUUCAUGAGGUGCACAGUGAUGAAGUAUACCUAAAAUUUAAUGCCGAGUUCCACAGUAAAUAUCUUGGGGAAGAUUAUGAUGUCCGGUUCACAUUCAACAGGACUCCUUUAAGACGAUUUCACCAAGCUGUUGAGUAUGCCCCUAAUCUUGGAAGGAAUGUGCUAUUUCCUACAACUGUUGAAAAUCAACCACCACUGUACAAUCCAUCAUCAGACCAAGCUACUGAGUCAAGUUAUUUGACCCCAACCAAAUCAGCUUCUCGAGUGGAUAUUUCUUCUCAACUCACUCUGCAGUUUUUUAACAGGCAACUCAACGACAGACAAAUGUCUGCGGUCAAACGGAUUCUUCUUGGCCAGUGUCGCCCGAUGCCUUAUAUUUUGUUUGGACCACCAGGUACUGGGAAGACAAUAACUCUUGUUGAAACUAUCCUUCAAAUCUUAACCAAACUUCCUGGCAGUCGUAUUCUGGCCUGUGCACCAUCCAAUAGUGCUGCUGACCUCCUGGCUGAAAGGCUUCAUAAAAGUGGUAUUUUGAAGUUAACGGACAUGGUACGGCUGAAUGCUUUCCAGAGGAAUGAAGAUAAUAUACCAGAUAAAAUUCGGCCAUAUUGUUCUUCUGGAAAUAAUCUUGAUAUUGUUGUACAUUAUCGAAUUAUUAUCUCUACUUGUGUGAAUUCAGGCGUUUUGUAUACUUAUGGAUUAAAGCCUGGCCAUUUUACACACGUUUUUAUUGAUGAGGCUGGGCAAGCAACAGAACCAGAAUGUUUAAUACCAGUUGGACUAGUAGCUGGAACAGAUGGACAGAUUACUCUUUCUGGAGAUCCAGAGCAACUUGGUCCCAUCCUGCAUUCUCCUUAUACCAAAUCUCAUGGUUUAGAACUUUCCUUUUUAGAAAGAAUCAUGGGACAAGAACUUUAUUCCAGAGAUGAAACCAAAUUUGUCACUUCUGGAUACUUUGAUCCAAUGUUGGUGACGAAGCUUAUAUACAACUAUCGCUCCCAUCCUGCUUUGCUGCACCUACCAUCAGUUCUAUUCUAUGCCAAUGAACUGGAGGUGAAAGCAGAGAAAACACUUACCCACAGCCUCUGUGGAUGGAAGUCAUUACCCAACAAGACAGUGCCAAUACUUUUUCAUGGAAUUCGGGGUGAAGAUUUGAGGGAAGGCAACUGUCCUUCAUGGUUUAAUCCUUUUGAGACUGUGCAAGUAGUGAGAUAUUUGCAAGGCCUUUUAGCUGAUUACAGCUCUUAUUUGACUGAAGAAGAUAUCGGUAUUAUUACUCCUUAUAGAAAACAGGUAGAGAAGAUUCGUAUGUUAUUGUCCCACCUUGGCCGAGAUGUUGUAAAAGUUGGUUCUGUUGAAGAGUUCCAAGGUCAAGAAAGGAAGGCAAUAAUAAUUUCAGCAGUUCGUACCAAUGAAGAACUAAUGAACUUUGAUCAGCGUCACAUUUUGGGUUUCCUUUGCAACCCCAAGCGUUUCAAUGUGUGCAUAACCCGUGCUCAAGCACUGCUCAUAAUUGUAGGCAACCCCUAUGUCUUGAUGCAUGAUUUCUAUUGGUUAACAUUAUUGAAGUACUGUGUAGAGAAUGAUGCUUAUGUUGGCUGUGAACUUCCUGAGAAAGUGACUGCCGCUUGUGAUUCUUGACAAUUUUUUCUCCCUCCUGUUGCUCAACCUCAGAAACUUUCUUUGUUGCACACAUACAUACAGAAAUGCAUAAAUAUACACAACAAAACCUUGUGAAGUAAUAGAAUGUUUUUAAAACAGCUGGAAAGAAAUGCACUGGUCUGUGAUAAUACAUAAACACUUGUACACAAACAGUAAAUAGAAGAUUGAUUUUAUUUAUAAGUAACCAGUGAGCCGACACCUUAGUUGCUCCUGAGUUCCCGCCCCUAAAUCUGCCUUCUUGCUCACUUGAAACAAAUGACUAUUUUCUACAACUGGUUUAGCACACAAUCCCAUCUCCAUAUUUUCACACCCUCCAUUUCUCAUUUCUCCUGAAUCAACAUCUUGUUAGUGAAAACUCUGAAACUGAUGCUAAGUUUAUAUUAUGAUUUUUAUGGGGUAUGAUUUGAGUAGAGAGCACUGAUGCAUCAGACCUCAUUGCCUAAAACACCUUAGAGUAUUUUGUUUUGUAAUUUUGUCCAUUUUUGUUUUGGGUUUAAAUCUUUUUUUAGUUUGUUUUGCAUUUCAUCCUAGAGAGAUUGAUACCAGAAGAUCAUACUGGAAUGUAUAGGCCUGCUCAAUUAAUUGUACACUGUGCCUCCAAAAGCUGGUCAUCCUGAGCUUAAUCAAUUGAAAUUAUUAUCUUAAUUGUUAUUAACAGAAUAGAUAACAUUAAUAUCCUAGAGUUAACUCAGCCAACUUUUCAACACCCCUACACAUUUUUGGCCCUUUGCCAAUAUGUAAAGUUAUUAUUGUGUGAUGUGCAUAGUAGAGCAGAUAGAAGAUGAAUGAAUGGCUGCUAAUGUUCUGUUGGAACAGUAUGAACAAUGCACCCCAUUUCUUUCCUCCUAGGAUUUCAUAGUCAUGUUUUCAUUUACAAUAUCAUCACCACCAACAUUAGUAUGACAAGUACCCUAACACAAGAAGCAACUACCUGGUGUAGUUUCUGUGAACUUGCUUCAGCUCCUAAUUAAAAUUGAUUUCUUAUUACCAUUAUUGCUCAUGACUAAAGCAUGAACCUUACAUUUCAUUCACUACACUAUAAUUUUUUUUCUUUUUUUCAUAAUUGGAGGUAGCUGAGAGCAGAGCACUAGCCUAAAUACAAUUUUUGAAUGUAUUUUUUAUCUUCUUUGACUUCAAGUUCAGAUCUUGUCAUAGUUGACUCCACCUUUUAUAUUUUUCUGGGAUUGAUAAAAUAAAUACCAUUGGUAAACUGAUUUUAAUUCAGAUAAUUACAAUUUUCCAGUGUAAAAGUCUCCACUUGGAUUAAUGAAAAUAAGAGGGACUAAAAGUAUUCAUGAAUUGAGCUGAUAGAUUACUUAUUCCCUUAUAUAUAUGUGGCCUUGGACAAAUGUAAGAAAUUAUGGAUCUUUUUUAAAAUGGGGGCCACAUUUUUCAUUAACGAAACACUUUGAAACUGGGAACACUGGUAGAAUGUGUCAUAUAAAACAUCUUUUUCUCUUAGACUUCUUUAAAAAAAAAGAAAUCCAUAAAUUAUUCCAUGUUAAAGUUGUCGUAUUUCUGUAAUUUCAACCAAUCACUGACGUCCAUUCAGCCGAUAUACAUUAAGUGCCGACUACAUAAACGAUUCUGAAACAAUUAACCCUAACCCUAACUCUAACCCUAACCCUAGGGUUAGAGUUAGGGUUAGGGUUAAAGCAAAUUUAAAAUGAAAAAAGCAAAUAAAACGAAGAAUCGUUUGUUUAUGUAGUCGGCACUUAAUGUAUAUCGGCUGAAUGGACGUCAGUGAUUGGUUGAAAUUAUCGAAAUAAGACAAUUUUUUACAUGAAAUAAAUUCGAAUACAAAAAUAUUUUUCUGUUCUAUAACACAAAAUAGAUAAGUAUACGAAGUUUGAAAGUCUUUCGGUACCAAAAGCACUACGUAAAACAUUAAUGAAAAAUGUGGCCCCCGUUUUAAAAAAGAUCCGAAAUUAUUAUUACUGACCUCUCAUCUAUUCUGUGACUUGGUUUAUUCUCGUUUAAAGCAAUUUUACUUCAGUUAGCUUGGUAAUACUCUUGUGAGAACUACAACUGCUUUAACAUCCCAUUCUUCUCCCCUAUAAAUUCGUAGCUUUGUACUUAGAAACAAAAAUUAUUAUUAUUAUUAUGGGAAAUUGGCAGUGUCGCACAAAUAUGCCUUAUGGUAUUCAUUCUGCCUGUUCAUCUAUUGAGUUCAAAUCUCCCUGAUGUCAGCUUUGUAUUCCAUGGUUGGCAAAAUAAAGUAUCAGUCAAAUACUGUGAUUGAUUUAACUGACUAACCAUUGCUUCUCACAAAUUUCAGGCCUUGUGCUUAUUUUAGAAACAGUCUUCAGGGUGUCAGGCUGGUAGAAUCAUUAGAGCAUUGGAAAAAGUGCCUUGCAGUAUUUGUUCCAGCUCUUUACACACAGUUCAAAUCCCACUGAGAUCAACUGUACCUUUCAUCCCUCCAGGGUUGAUAAAAUACAAUAUGAACUAGCCCACUCCUCUCGAAAUUUCUUGCCUUAUGCCUAAGUUAGGAACUGUUAUUAUUAUUAUGUAUUCUCUAUGAAAAUAGAGUUGCUGUCCAGCACAUUCUGUGACUUGAGUUUUUAUUCCUGUUUGUGAGAGAUAUAACUGUCUUAUCCUCCUCCCUAUAAAUUUGUAGCUUUGUGCUUAAAUAAUAAAUUGUGCUUAUAUAAUAAAUUAUUGUUAUGAGGUGAAUUGGUGGAAUUGUUAGAGCGUCAAACAAAAUGCCUUGAAAUAGCUCUAUAUGUUCUGAGUUUAAAUCCCACCAAUGUUAACUUUACCUCUCAUUCUUCUGGGAUUGAUAAAAUAUAUCAAUCCAUUAUUGGAGUUAGUAUCAUUGACUAACUCCACCAGAUUUGUGGUCUUGUAUCUAUGUAAGAAAGUUGAAUCAUUAUUACUGAAUAAAAAUACCUUGCUCUGUUUAGUUAUGGUCAUUUAUGUUCAAAUCUCACCAAAAUUUAUUCUUACCCUGCAUCCCCUUUUGGGGGAAUUCAGUCAGCUAUAGCCCUCCUUAAAUUUCUGGCUUUGUGCCAGUGUUAGAAACUUUUUAGUGAAGCAGAAAUGAAGAGGGAAGUCAGCCAUGACAAGAUUUCAGUCAGGGAGACAGAAAAGGUAAAAUUUUAUAUGCAUUUAGUUUUGUGUCUCUGCGUUCAAGUUCAAACUCUGGUGUAGAAGACUUUAAUAAUAUAAAUAUUUGUACAUAUACUGGAGUUAAUUCAGUCAACUACACUACACUUCUGCAGAUCUGUGGCUUUGUGCUAAUGUAUAUAUAUUAAAAAAAAAAAAGAAAUCUUUUUUCAAUAUAUUUCAUAUUUUUUUCACAUUGAUGAUUUAUAAUUACUAAAAAUAAAAUUGAUUGCUGGACUUUUUAAAAAAAAACAUUCUAUUUCUUUUUUUCAACAAAAUCUAAGAACAAAAAUACUGAUAACAACACAUUAGCAAGACAAUCUGUGGAAUGGUAACAAUUAUUUUCAUGUCUUUCUAUUAUAUUGGCUAGUGAAGAAUAUAUAUGGAGAUAGUGAGAAGCUGUGCUUUAACACUCCAAAUAGUUUGUAAUAACACUUCAUCUCUACAAUAUUUCUCUCUCUCUUCCAUCAUUCACUUUUAAAUUGUUUUUUAUUUUUACUGUUAUGCUGAAUAAAUAUGUUGCCGUUAUACAUAUAAACUUUUUGUUAUAAUGUGCUAAUGAUGCUGUGAUAUAUAAUUAUUACAGUUAUAAUGAGAUAUACAUUGUAGUUUUAUUUAUUAUUAUAAAUGUAGUUACAUCAAUAAACAAUGUAUUUAUAACAAAAACAAUUUCUGAUCUAAUAAUAGAAUUUUCUUCUAUAAUAUUUAAUAAUAGUAAAAAACAUGUGUUUGAGAAGUUUGCUUUGCAUCUACAUUUCUUGAGUGCAAUGCUACUACGUAACACUUUGGGCAUGUCUCUUCUAUUAUAACCUAGAGUUGACUAAUACCUCUCCAUUUUGUAAUGGCAUGGUUCUGUACUAGAAAAGUGCCUCAACAGAGUAAUUUGCCAUACGUGCAAGUUUCCCCCUCUUAGCAUUUAAACUAGCUGUAUCAGGCCCAAAUAAACAAUCAUAUCAUUGAAAUCUCAAAACAAGAGAACACCUGAUUAAUUUGAAAACAAUGAAUAAAUAAGCAUUAUUUUUGACUGGGUUAUGUGAAGGCUAAAGAGUUAAUGGGAAGGCAAGGGCUUUCCUGCUUGACUAGUGUCAUUAUAGUCGUUGCUGCCAGAAUACAGAGGGCCUGAAUAAAUACCACCAAGCAUCUCAUCUGAUGCUCUAAUAAUUCCAUGAACCUGAAUCAAUCUGGCACUUUAUAUAUACGGGUGUAAAUACCUUAUAGUUUUUACAUCUUUACAAGAGACUUAGUCUGGUAUUUCAUUGAAUGGAUAUGUUCCUCUAUGCACUAGGGAUGAUGAUAUUGACUAAAACUUUUGAAGACCUUGCCUAAGCAUGACUGAAACCACUAAAAGAAAAUUAUGACAGUAAAAAUUCUAUCAGCUGCAUUGAUAUGAAAUUGUUCUAUGUCCCUUUUAACCCUUUAACAUUUAAAUUGGCUAUGUCUAACUUAAAUAUUCUUUGUUUUCUGUUCAAACUGGACAGAUCCAGCUUCUCACACCAACUCCACAAUGUCAUUCUAAAAGUCAAGCCAUGUAACCGAAAUCUCAGCGUAAUGAUACAAUACAAAAUUAAUUCAAAACAAUGUGAAUUAAUGAGCAUUACAUAUGACAGAGUAAUCUGAAUGUUAAAGGGUUAAUGUUAAUUAAAUGUAGUUAGAAUAAAAUUCUGAGAUGUGAUCUGAGAAUUCAUUUCUUUUGAACUUAGUGAUUAUAUUAAUAUUUUGUAGUUGCAACAACAUUGUAGUUAUAAUACUUUAGAUGCUUUAUUUAUUAGCAGUACUACCACUGGUUUCAUUUGGAAAGUUCACAUUUUUCAAGUUCUCUACUUAAGAACACUGGUUGUUGCAUCCAUGGUAGAUUAGACUACCAAUAUGGACAUGACUACAAGCAUUUUUAAGUGCAGUACUUGCAAAAUGCCAUUGGUAGUACUGUUAAUCCACAAUAUCCACCAAAUGCAGUGUAGAAGCAUUCUCUCUCUUUUCAAUACUAUUGUGUGUAUGUGUAUAUAUAUAUAUAUAUAUAAAAUUUCAUUUGACUGUCAUGCUUUAAAAAUAAACUUUAAACUUCAUUAUAUAUAAAAUGUUUAAUUUGAUGAUAAAACAUCUAUGGCUAGAAUUGUAGAGCACAGAUGUAUUACAAAUAACAUGGAAGAGGAGAAAUAAAUGUAGGAUGAUGCAGAAAGAUGGGAGACUGGGUGUAUCUUCCCUGUUAUCUAGAAAGUAUGUUAAUGCCGUGUGUUGAAGUUUUCAUGGAACUCUAUUCUUUCUACUAUUAAUGUUAUUUCUACUACUAUUAUCUAUUAAAAUUGUUACUAUUGCUGUUAUUACUAAUGCAAUUACCAUCACCAUUUUGACUUGUACAUAAACCUAUAUCAACGAUAUUGUAGAUGUGAAUAUAAAAGAAUUUAUCCUCUUUGACUUGA